AUGUUUCAAUCUCAAAAGUUUCUGCCCAAGCUCCCAAUUAUUGAAAACGAUGAAAUACUGAAAAUAGUCUUUACUGCAGGUAGUUCUGAAAACUUUUCAAAAUAUGAACUUCUUGGAGAUUUUAUAUUUUCAACAGUUGUGCUGGAAGUUCUUCUGUCGAUUGAGCCGAAAUUAUCAAAAGCUAAUGUGGCUAUUUUGAAAAGUCAUUUAGUUUCCAAUAAAUUAAUGAGAGAAUGGUCAAUCUUAUAUGAUUUGGGAAGUUAUGUUUUCCCAGAUAUCAAGGGUCAAGGUCAAACCGAACGAACCAUAAAGUGGUAUGCUGAUCUAUUUGAAGCUUAUGUUGCUGGUGUAUACUUGGAUAAAAAGGAAUCAGGUAUGCUACGUCUCAAAGCUUAG